UCGGGAGGGAAGGCCGGUCCGGGGCACCGGUGAGCGACCGCUGGCUCGGCUAGUGCUGGUGGCCGGUGAUGAGUGCGCUGUACUAGCGCGGCUGUAUUUGUCGGCGCAAGUCCUUGCUGAAUCGUGUUGGUGAUGCAAAAUGUGGGUGGUCGUACGUGCAGCGAGUGCUGGUAGUGGAGACCCUUUGGUCUGCUCCAAGCACGGUCGUAUCCAGCGCCCGGCUCCAUCAUUGCGCGAGCCGCAGGAGUAAACUAGACAGUGCUGGGCUACUAGGAACUGGUACCAAUUUCAAGAAAAACACACAAUUGCAACGUGGGCCUUCGGAUAUCCUAUUGAUGCUUGAUUGGAGUCCCAGGCACCAUUGUCACUUUGAAUCUUCUGAUGUGUGGCCUUUUGGAUCGUUAGGUUGAUUGAAGUUUAGUGAGUGAAAAGAUUGGCUAUGGACAGCUGUGUAAUCGAUAUCUAUCGUCAUCCUGGAUUCUGUUCUAUGAAAAAGGCACGCUGGCAUGGUGCUCGAUUUUCGCCAUUCUGGAAUUGUGCUGCAGUAAAAUUCGGUGUUGACCCAGCAAGAAUCUUGAUCGACGAAUCAAGAAUGAUGGGGCCUGGUGAAUGAUUUAGUGGAUGUCAUAGCUCACCCUACCUACCAAUGCUUGCUGAGUAUGUUAGCAUCAGUGGAUCUGUUCACUUUGACUUGUCCUCAUGAAGGAUCCUGCCAAUUACAUUGGACUUUGGUGGGUCAGUCAUUUUCAGGAUAAAUCCGGAUUCCUCAGAUUAACUUAAAUUGCACAGCCUGAUUAAUCUUCUUGUACAAAUUCAGCAAAGAGAGCUAUGAUUGGGGCUGUUAUUCGACGUCCACCUGCCACCAGAAACAUUAUGGGCCAGAAUGACAGAAAGACAGCAACUUCAAGUGAAAUAUGAUGAAGUCGUAAUCCUUUUACUGUCACUCGGACUUCUGACUUCCUCAGUUCCAACUUGUGGCUUUCCUUUUGCACUCUUAUGCAGGCUAUACAAUUUCUUGAAGCACAAAGUAUUUAAUGUUAGCCACAUUGUAUUUUAUGGUAACUGGUAAUGCAUGCAAUUUUUAGUUUUAGAUAUUCCAUAAGUUUCUAUGUAUGAUUUUCUUUGAUCCAUCCACUGGACAUUGGGAAUUUGAGAUUGACUUUGAUGUUGUCUGCUUGCUACUCCAUGUUGCUUCCCCCAGUAAUAAUUACUUCAUUCUUGGACAUGACGGGGACAAUGUGUACCUUUGAACGCUGUUUUCUAUUAGAAUAUGUUUAUAAAGUAAUACAUUUAUGAGAAUAUGGAAGUGUUUCUAAAGACAAUCUACACAUAAGAUUUUGUAUUUCAAAACAAAUAUUUAAAUUUAAAAGUUUGACAUGACCUUGUGAGAAACAAAGUAUGUGUGACUAGACACUAGAUGGAGUAGGAUUAUAAGGAUGAAAGAAGUGAGGUUAUCAGGAAGAGGAGGAAUACCAUACAGUUUGUCCUCAGCGACUCAGGUUUCUUGAUUAGUGAUUUUAUUUUUAUUGAAGAAGUUGGUAAAGCUUCCUGUUGACUGAAGUUACUAAACCAUAUCACAUUCCUUGCUGCUAGGCUGCAUAGCCUGCGCCUAAUAUGUGCUGGACUUCUGAUUCACUUUUCACACUUUAUAUGUGUAACUUUGUUUGCAUAACUGUUUGUGAAAUUGGUCAUGUAUUCACACAUCACUUUAUGUUUCAUUGCAGGAUGCACUUUUUUCUCCUUUCAAUUCCCUUGCCACAGUUAAGCUUAAUUAAACUUGUUUACAGUUAACUGAAUUUGAUUUCCUAGUGAUUCUGGUUGUAGGAAUUCUCCUAUUGGCAAAUGACAAUUACCUCAUAUUUGGCUAGUUUCUACAUGGUUCAUCUUUGCCAGGCAGUGACUUGUAUGCUCUAGAAAAAACAAGAAUGAAUUGAAAGUAAGAUUUUUAAAAAAGUGUCUGUUUACCAGUGCAUGUUGUGAUUCAAGAUGCAGCGCCACUUAUCCUUUAGCUUUGUAUGCUGAAGCAAAUGCUUGCUUUAGGUGAAAUGUUACAAAGAAGAAAGGAUUGAAAACAUCCAGCAGUGUCUAGUGGACUGGGGUAUAAAUAUGAAAUGGAAGUUUUAGGCAUUGCUGUUUAUUGAAGUGCUUUAGAUCUAUCAGCUUCAGACAUCAGUGUAAAGUUGUACAUGGUUAUCUGAUACUGCACUCUUUCUUUCUGUGGUCACUUUUUUAUUCAAAAGUUUAUGACAGAGCUGCUGUGAGGGAACGUAGAACGUGAUUUCUUUUUUCUAUUUGAGACUUCAUGCAGGAUAGCACGUCUUUUUUUCCUAUGCUUUUUUUUUCUGGGGUCAUGAAUCUUCUAACUUUUGUGAAAGAAACUACAUGGUAUAAUUAUUUAAAGUGCUUCCGUUUGGAAUCUUCCAAUGUUGUGCUCUGCAUAGUAUCUUUGGAGAUAAUAUAUACUUGUGUAGUUGUGUGGUUUCUGCUUUAUAGAAAAAAGUGGUUCCAUUUUCAUAUCUAAAAAACUCCAGGGAGAGAGUUGCCCCCCUGAUUUUCAUCAUUAGAAGCUUGUGCCGUGACCCGAUCCUGGGCUGGCUCGGCGAACCACUUCUCUGGCGUGUUCACUGACCAGUUGCAGCGUGAGAGUGUUGGCUCCAUCUUCAUUUCUCUUACCUGAAUAAUGCACUUACUCCUAAUUACUCGAUAUGAUGCUACCAAUUCACUAAAUGCACGAUAGGAAUAGCUUAAUAGAAACUGGUAAUGUUUUUUAGCCUACAAUUGUGAUUUACUCAUUUAUAAUAGGGCACUGGUGAGCUUUAAGCUUUUAUUGGUUUCAUUUGUACUAUGUGUGACACACUUUUCUUCAUUUGUCACAAAAAGGAGACAUCACCUAGUGCGAAGUCUCCUCAUCCAAAUAUUUAUAUCUUGUGCCAUGAUGGUUAGAUUGUGAAGCUGUGCCUUCAUGAUUCAGCAUGUAUAACUAAAUAUUUUGAUUGUUCAUAACUGUGAUAAAUGUUUAUUCCUUCUAAUUUGUCUACUUGUUAAACACUGCCACUGCUUUUUCACUACGGCUAGGUUUGAAUUUUCCCUGAAGUUUACACUUGACAGUGCUGGAGAUUGCAACCCUUUUCUCAGCUGCUUCAGUGCAAGGGGUCUAAGAUUCUGGCUACCUAGUUAUGUAAACCUGAUUCUGGUAAACUGCACAUAUGGAUAUAUUCUGCAGUAUGGUGCGCUAUGACAUCACAUUUAUAUGGUGCCUGCAAGUAAGAAGAUUACUUUUGACGGUCUCUUUUCCAACAAAAAGGGAAGCACUACACAAAAACGUAUGUUCAUUUGAGUCCUAGUUAUUUAUGUAACCUGGAUUUAUCAAGGAUGCAGGAACGGCAUGCAACUUUAUUUGCGUUCCUGCUUUUUUGUAGCUGCCGCAUGCAUUUUGCAUGUGCUUCCACUCCUUCCCUUCCCUCUGGCUCUGGGAUAUGUUUCGUUAGGUCCUGAAGCGAUGAUAUCAAUCUGUUUCACAUUUUUUGUUUCUUUCAUGAAUCUACUUUGCCGAUAUGUGUAAUUUCACUCAAUGCCUUUUCUUUUUUGCUUUAUUUUCAUCUCUUUUCUGGGCAUAGACAUCCACUUAUUGUCACACGGCACUACCACUGUGGUGAUAAUGUCCCAACAUCAUGCACCACACUUCUUUAAAACCCAGGGCUGAUGUGCAUCCUCUAGUCGAGGCCACUAGGAGUUUCUGAUGGAGGACAACACUCCUCCAAAGUUUGGGACAGGCUUCUUCAAAACUUGCUUCAAUGGAGUUAAUGCUCUCUCAGGGGUUGGGAUAUUAUCCAUUCCAUAUGCAUUGUCUCAAGGAGGAUGGCUGAGCUUACUCAUUUUCAUGACCAUAGCAAUCAUCUGUUUCUAUACUGGUAUUCUCCUGCAGAGAUGCAUAGACUCAAGCUCGCUUGUUAAGACCUAUCCUGAUAUUGGUGAGCUAGCUUUUGGCCGGAAAGGAAAAAUCAUAGUAGCAAUAUUCUUGUACCUGGAGCUGUAUCUUGUUUCCAUUGAUUUCUUGAUAUUAGAAGGUGACAACUUGGAGAAAUUAUUUCCAAAUGCCAACUUCCAUGUUGCUAGUCUCAAGAUUGGAAGCAAACAAGGGUUUGUGUUGAUCUUCAGCCUGCUGGUUUUACCAACAACAUGGCUUCGGACCUUGAACAUGCUUGCAUAUGUUGCUAUUGGCGGAGUCAUGGCAUCUGUCAUUCUAAUCGCCUCUGUUCUGUGGGUUGGAGUGUUUGAUGGUGUCUGUUUUCAUGAGAAAGGUGUGACUGUCAACUGGUCUGGUAUGCCAACUGCUAUGAGCUUAUACGCGUUCUGUUUCAGCGGCCAUGCUGUUUUUCCCAUGAUAUACACUGGCAUGAGAAACAGAAAAACGUUCCCCACAGUGUUGCUCAUCUGCUUCACGAUCUGCACUCUUAGCUAUGGGCUAACAGGCAUCAUUGGAUACUUGAUGUACGGGGAAUCAUUAAAUUCCCAGGUGACUCUCAACCUUCCAUCAAAACGUUUUGCCUCCAAUAUCGCGAUCUACACGACGCUGAUCAACCCUUUCACCAAGUUCGCGCUGCUAAUCACUCCAAUAGCAGAGGCUAUCGAGGAUACCCUUCACGUUGGCAAGAACAGGACCGUCAGUGUCUUGAUCAGGACCGCCCUGGUCGUCAGCACGACCAUCGUAGCACUUGUGGUGCCGUUCUUCGCCUAUGUUGUCGCGCUUACGGGCUCGUUCCUCAGCAGCACAGUCACCAUGUUGCUGCCCUGUGCCUGCUACCUGAAGAUCAGCUCAAGGACCUCCAAGAAUCUGAGGUUGGAGCUGGUAGCUUGCCUGGGUAUUAUCAUGAUUGGGGCGGGAGUGAUUGUGGUCGGCACAUAUUACUCACUGAAGCAGAUUGUUCAUAGCUUUUGAGUCAUGAGAGAGCACACUGAGCACCGUAUAUGUAAAUGAACUAUAUUGUAACCUACCCUAGUAGCAGCACAUCUGUAGCCUAGUGCUCUCACCCUGAUAAGAUAGCUCAUGAAAUUAGUUGCAUAUGCAACCAAAAAAUAAACUGCAGAUAAGAGGAUCUGUGAUGUGGGAUUGGAUUCGUAUAAUUUGUCAAGGGACAGCUCGUAUCAGCUGCAACUGCAGUGUUGUUCAUAGA